CUCUGUGCCGUUCACAAAACCGCCUCUUCGUGAUUUUCCACACACAGGUCUCCAUUUCUACCCAAUUACUUUCCGUCAACCAUCUCGUGAAUAUACAUGAGAACGUUGUGCUUAUGGUAUCCUUUGACAUUUAGUUACUGGAAGCGGACUUAGUUGGAGUCGCUUGACCAUGACGACCAUGACUCGCGCUAAAGGCUUCCUCGAGUCGCUCGCAGUGCUUUUGUUGGGGAUAUGUCUUAUCACAUCGGCUCAGAAGUACGUGGGUCCAGCUGGACCACCAGGCCCUGCCGGUGUUCCAGGAAUUGAUGGAAUUGCUGGGGAAAGAGGUGAAGAUGGAGACGAUGGUUCUGCAGGUCUUGAUGGUGAUCCUGGGAAACCUGGUUCUGCCGGACUUCCUGGAUUGCCUGGAAAUGAUGGUUUGACUGGUCCCACAGGAGACGCAGGCCAAGGUGGCCCCACUGGACAAAAGGGAGAGCCAGGGAAACCUGGACCUCGGGGAGAAGCUGGUAUUGGGCCUGAUGGACCCCUGGGACCACCAGGGCCGGGUGGACUUCCAGGUGACCUUGGUAAAGUUGGCCCUCCUGGGGCCAUGGGUGUCAGAGGGCCAGAAGGACCCCGUGGACCAUCAGGACCUCGUGGUGCUGCAGGAAUACAGGGCGGGACAAUGGAACUGUGCCCCAAUGUAUGUCCACCUGGCACACCUGGCUACCCUGGGCUACCUGGCAUGAAAGGCCAUAAAGGUGUGAAGGGAGAGGCUGGAGAACCUGGUAAACAGGGACACAUGGGAGAAGUGGGAGACCAGGGUGCCCCUGGAGAGGUUGGAUCCUACGGCCCAAUAGGUCCACAGGGAAAUCGAGGCGCUACAGGAAUUAUGGGUCCCAAAGGAGAGAUGGGACCUCGGGGCAAUGACGGGGAUCCAGGUCCUCAGGGGGUUGUAGGUGCCAAUGGUGAUCAUGGCCAGAGGGGGUUAAUGGGAGAGUCUGGUCCUAGGGGAGAACAAGGACCCCAGGGACAAAGAGGCAUCACUGGUCUUCCAGGGCCAAAGGGUGAGAGUGGUUUACCUGGUGUAGAUGGGCGUGAUGGAAUUCCUGGAUUACCUGGAGUUAAGGGCAGCCCCGGGAAACCUGGAAACCCUGGAGAGAUUGGACUACAAGGACUACCUGGCUUACCUGGUGUUACCGGAUCAAAGGGAGCUGCUGGUGAAAAGGGCAAUGCUGGACAGCCAGGCCUUAUUGGAACUAUGGGAUCUGCAGGAAAGCCUGGAGAACGUGGAGAACAGGGAGAAGUUGGACCAGUUGGCCCUAUUGGUGGACCGGGAGAUAGAGGCGAGCCAGGGCCACCUGGACCUAUGGGGAACCCAGGAACCAGAGGCUCUAAAGGUGAUCUUGGUCUGCCUGGACUUCCUGGAUCCCCAGGCACACCCGGAGAGAAAGGAGGCAGGGGGGACCCUGGUGAAUUCGGAUCUAAAGGAAAGCAGGGAGAGCAAGGUGCAGAGGGAACCCCUGGAGACAAAGGAGAUGUUGGGGAGCCUGGAGAGCCUGGACCUAAGGGAGCAACUGGUAAUCCAGGAGAACCAGGGAACAGAGGCCCUGAGGGUGGCCGUGGGCAGCCUGGCAUCGAGGGACCCCCUGGUAGUCCUGGACCCCGUGGUGUACAGGGGAACAGAGGAGCUCCAGGUCCUCGUGGUUCUCAGGGCCCAGCAGGGAAAGGACCAGGUGAUCAGCACAUCAAGCAAGUUUGUAUGCGAGUAAUGCAGGAGCAACUGGCUCAGCUAGCUGCCAGUCUGAGGAGGCCUGAGUCUGGUGCUAUUGGUCUACCUGGCAGACCUGGGCCCCCUGGUCCUCCGGGUCCCCCAGGAGACAGUGGUUUCCCUGGACAAGCUGGUGCAAGAGGACUCCCUGGUCUCAAAGGACCACCUGGAACAAUGGGUCUCAAAGGGCCUAAAGGUGAAAUUGGAGACAGAGGAGAUAGAGGACAAACAGUACGAGGUCCUAAAGGGUUGCCAGGACCACCUGGCCUGCCAGGUGAGCCUGGUAAGCCAGGUUAUGGUCAAGAUGGUCAUGAUGGAGGAAGUGGUUUACCAGGUCUUCCUGGACAGCCUGGUGUUCCUGGACCUCCUGGCCCUGCUGGACCUCCUGGUUACUGUGACCCAUCAGCAUGCAACUUGAGCAUGAGUACGGCUUCCCAGUCUCUCACAAACUAUGACCUUAAAGGUCCGGCUGGUUACUGAGUUUCUUCUGGACACAAAAGACUGAGACAGAAUGUUGUGUGUAGAUCACUGCAAUAGCACCAAAGGUCAUGCUAACGUGGUAAAGUAAGAACAUUCUUUUCCAACCAGCAGAUCCUAACAACAUCUGUAAUAAAUCAAAAAUUUUCAAAUUUUCAAAUAGAGCAUUGUUUUGAAAGUGCCCCAUAACAUACAAUUUUAAAUAAUUGAAAUUAAGUGUGUUGAAUAAUAAAUUGGUAAUUUAUUAUUUAAUUUUUUUUUUUUUAUUUAUGUGUGGUCUAUUACAAAAGGGCAAUGGGGCUUGGUGACUUGUUUGAACCUCAGACUGGCUCUGGCUGCGGCCCAUUUUGAAGUGAUCAGGUCUGAAGUAGCAAUAAACAACAUGGAGCCCAUUAGAGAGCUUACUUGCCACAGCACUACUUUUGGCUGUUUUAUUCUGUUUAUGAUUCAGUUUAUGUUGGUUUAAAAGGGUCCUUUUAAACCAUCACCUUUAAAAGGUUAAAACAAGCUUACAAAUGACAGCUAUAGGUUUUUUGCUCCAAAGUAUGGUGUGUAGGCAUCAACACUUCAGAAUGGACUAUACUGAAUCCAAAGCAAAAUGUAUUUGUUCACCAAAAUCAGAGAAUUGUUGACAGAUUGAUAAGUUCAGUUCAUAAUUUUUACUACUUUAUCUACUGAAAUUGCAUGUUGCUACUGUAAAACUAAGUGAUUUAACAGCAGCCAAAUGUGUCACAAUAUAUUAUAACAAUCAUUAACAUUAGCAACUUUACCUAGCAAGCUAGCUUAGCAUGAAAGUUCAGUAUCUUUCAGUAUGAACGUUUCUGUUUACAACAAUAGUCUUUAUUAAUUUGCAUACUGGACCAUGAGAGGCUCAAGCAGUUGAGCCCAUUUUGUGAGAUUAUAAUGUGUGUGUACACAUAGGCCUUCCUGAAUCAGUUCUUUUAAGGAAGUACUGAGAAAGUUUUAAAUGGAAAAAUGUGAAUUUAUCACUGUGGUAACAAAACUGACCAAAGACUAGUCUGUAUAAUGAGAAUAAGCCAUCCAAGAUGAGUUGAUUGUAAUUACAUUUUGAAUGCAUAUCAAUAUUUUAUUUUGUAUUUUAUAUGUUAUUUUGUAAAAUAUGAUUAGGCAAGAACCCAUGAUAGUUAUAUAUGAUGCUUCUAAAGCUAUGAUAUUUAACACCAGUAAACUGAAUUAUCAGUUAAAACAAGGUGACCUACUAUCAGGGUUGCCUUUCCAUCUGAGUGCUCUUUCAUUUAAUGUCUAUAGAGAUUUACAGAAACUGUUUUUGACAUAAAAUGGGAGUGACAAUUUUAGAAGAAAAUAUAGUGUAAAUUUUUGUUUUGAGCUGCACAGAGUAGGGACUGUUUUUCCUCUUUCUGCUGCAUGGUUGUAAAGAAAUACACAUUUAUACAAUU